AUGAUCGUCUUUCCACAGCAACUCGCCAACCUCUUCACCCUGCCUGUCGGUCGGGAAAGGCUGCAAGACAAAACCGCCUCGUCUCCUGUGGAGGUUCUCUACAAUCGCAAAUUGGCAAAUGCUUCCAUCACAAAGGUCCUAAUAGACUAUUUCUUCUCGUGCACUGGCACUUUGUUCUACAUCUUCUCUCCCGACGAUGCGAACGAACUUUUUCAGGAAGUCUACAUGAAUGAUGAGGAUGCUCCGAAAGCGUCACUUGGUGCACUAUGUGGCCUGGCGUCUGUAGCCAGCCAAUAUGACGACGCCAAGAUCGACAGCUCUUUGAGACAGUCGUACUACGAGACAGCGAAAGUCUACCUUGACGCCUGCAUUGAAGAGGAUGAAGUGCUGGGAAUGCGCGUUCUGUGCUGCUUGGCCAUAUAUUGCGCCAUGGACAAACGCCGCGCAGCGUGGACAUGGACUUUGACCGGCUUGAGACUGGCGAGGCUUCGUGGCCUGCACCUGGAGACGCCACCUCCGUCUACGUCGCCCGAGGUGUGGAUUGCGCAAAGAAAAGUCUUAAGGACCUUGAUAUUUCUGGCUUGUUGGUUUUCUUCAACCCUCGGCAGAAGCCCAGAAAUUCUAGCGGAAUUUCAGCCAGGGUUUGAGGAAUCGUUUCUCGUGCACGAGGAGCGUCCGCUCAUCGAAUCCAUUGCGCAGGAACAAAUGACAUCCAUUGGGGUGCUCACAGCUGGCGUACUUCGCGACGUCUUCUUGCCAAAAGAGCUCAGUCUUAUCGCGACUCGGGAACACAAGCUUAAGAUCGUUGGCUGGUUGAGUAAGCUCCCUGCAGUUAUGCAGCUCGACUCACUACUUUACAAUCAUAACCUGACAUUGGUACAAAGACGGGGUAUUUUCCUUGUCCAUCUCAACUAUCUUGGAGCAUUACUCCUACUCUAUCGUCGCCAUACUAUCUACCUUUCCACCAUACAUCGGGGUGAUGUAUGGAAGCUUGAUGGAGACGUCGACGAAGCAUUAGGUUAUGCCAAGGACGCAAUUGACGUGGCUAUCCAGUCUUCACGUAUUCUUGCGCUUCUCCUCUCCGAGAAUGCUCUCUUUAAGCGUUGCUGGCUGGCGAUUUACCAGUCUUUCAGCGCAUGCACUAUGUUGCUCUUCCACGUCGCCCAGAAGCGACUCCACGGGGCACCAUCGUCCGAGUGUGAGGAAGAGCUUUCCGGCGCACACUCUUGCCUCAAGACUCUGGAGUUCUGCGCAGAAGGCGAUGUCGUUGCCAAAGGCUAUCAUGACAUGCUCAUGUUUUACUAUCGGUCUCUGCUGGCUUCACACGAAGAUUCAGCAAUGCAGGAUGUGUCUGCGCGUUUCCCAAGAGAGCCGACCCCGGAUCAAGUCGCAGAAGGUGUUUCCUAUAUUAUCAACCACGCGGCUUUCGAGCAGGGUUGGCGUGACGAUCUGGUGCCUCCGACACAGGUUUCAGAUUUCAUACGCCGAGAGAUGCCGGACGCUGCCACCGAUUCUCGGUCCAGCAUUCUUCACAAAGAUGCUGUCUAUGAGGACGCUCCAGUAAUCGGCGGCCCGUUUCAGUGGUCGGCCAACUCAAUUCCUCGAGUUUAG